CCCACUUCCUCCCUGCAGCGGCAGUGGGUCGGGGCGUGUUGACGGACCGCCCUGACAGCUGAGUUGAAUUUAGUGAGUCUCACGCAAGCUCAGUCAGACAUCCUGCUACCAACUUCACCGAGUGCUGUUGCCUUACGUUGACAAGAUGUUUUUUGCCAAGAAAUUUAUCGGCGGCAUCAUUGAUGUUGUAAGCAACAUCGACCCAGCCCAGUUUGUGCCCUCUGAACCUCCUCCACCACGCAGGCCACUUGCAUAUGCAGAGCAGCAUGAGAGUGACGAAGAGAAACAGUUCCGCAGAGUCUUUCAGCAACUUGCUGGAGAUGACAUGGAAGUGAGCCCAACUGAGCUGAUGAACAUCCUAAAUAAAAUCAUUUCAAAGCGUGGAGAUCUGAAGACCGAUGGUUUCAGCAUUGAGUCUUGCAGGAGCAUGGUGGCAGUCAUGGAUAGUGACAGCACUGGAAAACUCGGCUUUCAUGAAUUCAAACAUCUCUGGAACAAUAUAAAGAAAUGGCAGGCAAUGUACAAGUCCUACGACACAGAUGGCUCUGGUGUCAUUGGUGCAGAUGAGCUUCCAAAUGCUUUCAGAGCUGCAGGCUUCCCUCUCAACGACCAGCUGUUCGAGAUGAUAAUUCGCAGAUACAGUGAUGAAAGUGGGAACAUGGAUUUUGAUAACUACAUCGGUUGCCUUGUGAGGCUGGAUGCCAUGUGCCGUGCCUUCAAAACCCUGGAUAAGGAUAACAAUGGGACUAUCAAAGUCAAUGUUCAGGAGUGGCUUCAGUUGACCAUGUACUCUUGAGUCCAGACGAUGUCUCCUGCUUGUUAUACGGAACCACUUUGUUUGUCCACGCAGUCCAAAAUAUUUUAUCAACCAUCACAAUGUACUCCACUUAUCAAUGUAAAAAAAAAAAAUCUCCCACAAGGCACAGUUCGAAUGGCUCCCACCUUUUUUCAAUAGACUGCAUGAUUGACAUGUCUACCUUUGUGCUAGUUUUUACACCUGUUGGGGCAGGUCAGUGUAUACCUUUUAACAAUCACAUAAGUAAUUCUCAGAAAAGGCUCCACCCAGCAUCAGCCUAAGGACUAACCAGAGGGUUGAUUUAACUUCAGGGGAAACAGUUAAUCAGUCCAAAAAGUUUAAAGGCUCUGCACACCCACAAGUGUUUUCAGGUAUUAAUGCUGAGUAGAGCUCUGCACAGGCUGAAGCUGGGUUGUAGCUAUUCACAGAAUUGCAUGAUGUGACGAAAUUCCAUUUAAUCCUAAGAGUCAUGAGGAUGUUAGUUGUACCACCCCGACAGUUGCAACAAAGUUUACAGGAGUGUUGGGAAAAUGGCUGUCAGCCAAUCAUAACACACCCACACAGCCCUUAGAAAAGGUCACAUUGGGUAAAAUAGGGAAGCAAAUUCUUCUGUCUUUGCAGAGACUUUGAGAUGGCUGUUGUAAAACUAUAGAUAAAUCUUACUAUUUGUUAGACCACAGUUAUACUCAGUGUCUUUGUGAAACCGGGCCCACGGCCACUGAUGAAAGAUUCUUGUUCACUAAAACAUGUGAAACAGCUUAUUAUUUUGAGUGUUGGGGGGAUGUAUAAGUUAUGGAUCACCUGCACCAAAACCUAUCACAAGCAGAUAGUGGUUUAAUGAUUUACACACUCCAAUAUUCUGCAUCAGAGUUGCACUGUAUAUGCACAACAGUCAGGAAUGCUCAUGCUGACUACAGCCACUAGAAGCUCUAAAUAAUGAAUAAAUCUAAAAUCCCAAACUGUCUUUUAAGUGACCUGAUAUUAAAGUUAGUUUAUUAAUGUAUAUAUUCAAUAUAUCAGCUUUAUAUCUCCUCUGUAAUAGUAAUGUACAUUAACAUCCCAAGAGAUAAUGUCUUUGCCAUAGCAUUCUGUAUGUCUCAGUUAACUGAUCACUUUAUCACUGUGUGCUUAUUCAAAAUGCCUGCGCCAGAUAAUUGCCAGCACAAUGUGUGAAUUUAUCGUAUAUAAUAGAUGUGUAUGCCACUAAUGCAAGCAGCCAAUAGAAAAGAUGCAUUAAUAAGGGUUUUUAACCAUGUAGUUGUAGCCACUGUCAUUAAACUGUUACUGAAAAUCUUUGGUAAAAUAAAUACCUGUGCCAUAUUUGGAAUAAAAGGGUAUCAGAAAUGAA